GGACAGCGAUGAUGACGAUGAUGUCACCGUCCCCGUGGACCGAGACCGCUUCAUGGACGAGUUUUUCGAACAGGUGGAGGAGAUCCGGGGCUUCAUCGACAAGAUCUCGGAGAACGUGGAGGAGGUGAAGCGGAAGCACAGCGCUAUCCUGGCCUCCCCUAACCCCGAUGAGAAGACCAAGGAGGAGCUGGAAGAACUCAUGGUGGACAUUAAGAAGACGGCCAACAAAGUCCGUUCCAAGUUGAAGAGCAUCGAGCAGAGCAUCGAACAGGAGGAGGGUCUGAACCGCUCGUCUGCCGACCUGAGAAUCCGGAAGACACAGCACUCCACACUGUCCCGGAAGUUUGUGGAGGUCAUGUCCGAGUACAACGCCACGCAGUCUGACUAUCGCGAGCGCUGCAAGGGUCGCAUCCAGAGGCAGCUGGAGAUCACUGGCCGGACCACCACCAGUGAGGAGCUGGAGGACAUGCUAGAGAGCGGGAACCCAGCCAUCUUUGCCUCGGGGAUUAUCAUGGACUCCAGCAUCUCCAAGCAGGCGCUGAGCGAGAUCGAGACGCGGCACAGCGAGAUCAUCAAGCUGGAGACCAGCAUCCGCGAGCUGCAUGACAUGUUUGUGGACAUGGCCAUGCUGGUGGAGAGCCAGGGGGAAAUGAUUGACAGGAUCGAGUACAACGUGGAACACGCGGUAGACUACGUGGAGAGGGCCGUGUCCGAUACCAAAAAGGCCGUCAAGUACCAGAGCAAGGCCCGCCGGAAGAAGAUCAUGAUCAUCGUCUGCUGCGUGGUCCUAGGCAUCGUCAUUGCCUCCACCUUUGGGGGCAUCUUUGGAUAGAAACUACCCACUGCCACGUCCUGCCAACAGUCCACCAGGAGCCUCCCAGCUGCCGCACCUGGCCAGGUCGCCUGCCCCCACCCCACCCAUCUCUGGCUCAGAGCACCUGCACCCCCCUGCUGGGGCCGGCCUUCUGCCCUGCCCCAAGCCAUGUCGUGUGCAUGAUCUUGUGACUGUGUCUGUACAGAAGAGGCAGGGGCAACCAGGCUGGGGACAGGGUCAGGGCGACAGGGCCUGCCCUCUGUGGGCCCUGGGGCUCUCUCUAGAGACCAGUCUUGCCUCUAACUGCCAUGCUCAGCUCCCCUGUCCUCUGGCCGCUCCAGCUGUUCCCCUGGCCCCCUCCCCCAAGCGGAGUCCUUGGAGGGGAGGGACAAGCUGGCCAUAAGGUGCUGCUUUUCAGGUUGGGGGAGGGAUAGCCCAGCUCUGAGCCUUUGAUAGCUGACCAUUGCCGGGAGGCUGUGGUACCAUGGCUUCCACCAGGGUCCUACCUAACCCCCUCCCCCGCCUCUGGGCAAAGCCUCGAGCAUACCCCCUGGCCCCAACCCAGGUGGCUUGGGAAGAGCCGGCCAGCCACUGACCCUGGCAGGGGGGCUCAGGCCCUGGAGCCACGAUGCAUGUGUGGCACAGUGGUGUCUGCCGUUGUGCUGGGAAGCCCGGUGGUCGCGUUGGGCCUGCAGUCACUCGUCCUCGCCGUCCCAGCGUGUGCCCUGUGGCGUCAGUAUUCUGGAGGCAGCCCGGGGGACCCCUCCUCCCCAAUCCUGUGGCUUUUUUCCAGCCAGAAAUGGCUGCCCUGGCCCCCAGCCCCUUCCCCCUUGACAGGCAAGGAGUGCGCAUGUGUACGCACGCGGUGGGUGGCCCGCCUGCCAGGCCCUCCCUCGGCUUCACUCCUGCCCUGACCACUGUCCGUGUUGCCUUCUUCCACAGCAGCCCCUCCCCUCACCAAAGGUCUUGGUACAACCAGCUGCCCAUUUUGUGACAUUUUUAUGUAGAAUAAACAUUUGUAUCUGUA